CAGUUGUUCUCAGGAAAAAGAAAGGACUGGGAGCCCCUCUGUUUUCUUUGAGGUGGCAAGUGCUUGGAGCAGCGACCUGCUCUGACCCUGGGACAGCGGGGAGCUGCCCCUGCCUGGCACUGGUGGAGGCAUGGUGGUGGCAGCGCCAGGCACCUGGCCAGAGGCUUGAGGAAGGGAGGCUAUGGAGCCCCAGCACCUGAGGAUGUCGGGCAGAGUCUCCCCUGCCCUGGAAAAGAGCAGCAGCAUUGGGCAGACAGGCGAGACGAAAGCUGGGGCACAGCCGUCCGACAGCAUCAGUGUCCAGGGUGUCUCCUACACCAUCAGAGAGCGUGUUGGCCCAUGGUGGAACUUUUCUUUAUAUUGGAAAAAAUGGACCCGGCAAAUACUUAAGGAUGUUUCGUUUCACAUAGAGAGUGGCCAGAUUAUGGGGAUUUUAGGAAAUUCUGGAUCUGGGAAAACAACACUUCUGGAUGCAAUAUCAGGAAGACUGACACAUAAAGACAACUUCUUUGGUGAAGUGUAUGUGAAUGGACGUCAGCUGAAGAAGGAACAGUUUAGAGAUUGCUUCUCUUAUGUACCACAGAGUGACUUUUUGUUAAGCUUUCUCACCAUACAAGAGUCUUUGACAUACACAGCUUUGCUAACUCUUAAGAAAUGCUCCAACAACUUCAUCAAAAAGAAGGUAGAUGCAGUCAUGACUGAGCUGAGUCUCAGCCACAUGGCUGACAAAAUAAUUGGAAGCCAUAAUACUGGAGGAAUUUCUGGGGGUGAGAGGCGUCGGGUAUCAGUUGCAGCCCAGCUAUUACAAGAUCCCAAGGUCAUGCUACUUGAUGAGCCAACGACAGGGCUGGACUGCCUGACUGCAAACCAGCUUGUCUCGCUUCUCUCAGAGCUUGCACACAGAGACAGGAUUGUCAUUCUUACAAUUCAUCAGCCUCGCUCAGAACUCUUCAGGUUAUUUGACAAAAUAGCCAUCAUGAGCUUUGGAGAAAUGGUUUUCUGUGGGAACCCUAUGGAAAUGAUCACAUUUUUUAGUGACUGUGGCUAUUCUUGUCCUGAACAAUCAAAUCCUUUUGACUUCUAUGUGGAUCUGACAUCUGUGGACACCCGAAGCAAGGAACGUGAACUCGAAACCUACAGUAGGGUUCAGGAAAUUAUAUCAUCCUACAAAAACUCAGAGAUUUUUGGCAAAGUACUGACAACCAUUGAAAAAACAAAGUAUAUGAAAGAUCUGCCACCAAUACCACUCAAAAAUAAAGACUCACCCAGUGCCUUUUACCAAAUAUGGGUUCUUUUACGGAGGACAACAAGAAACUUCUCCAGAGACAAGACAGGCAUUAUUAUGCGUCUCCUCCAGAAUCUGUUGUUUAGCUUGUUUAUAGCCUUUUUCCUUCUUAGACUAAAGAAUGACCUGGUUAAAGGAGCUGUGCAGGACCGCGUGGGGCUUGUCUACCAGUGCGUGAGUGCCUCGCCCUACACAGGGAUGCUCAAUGCUGUUGCCCUUUUCACACCUUUACGCGCUAUCAGUGACCAAGAAAGCAAAGAUGGCUUGUAUAAGAAGUGGCAAAUGCUUUUAGCUUAUAUAGUACAUUUCCUGCCCUUCAGUGUCAUCAGCGUGGCAAUUUUCAGCGUCUUUAUAUACUGGACUAUAGGGUUGUAUCCUGAUGCUUCCAGAUUUGGAAUUUUCUUUGCUGCUAUUCUAGCGUCUCAUAUAAUUGGUGAACUACUAACACUAGUUAUACUUGGCGUGGUUCAAAACCCAAAUAUAGUCCAAAGUGGAGCAGUGCUACUUAAUUCAGCUGGUGUGAUAGUGGGAACAGGACUAGUAAGGACCAUCGAAGAAAUGCCAACACCUUUUAAACUACUCGGUUUUCUUACCUUUCAAAAAUACAGCAGCGAAAUUCUUAUAGUCAAUGAAUUUUAUGGCUUAAACUUCACAUGUGGUGGAGCCAACAGUUCCACUGCAAAUAAUGCUGCAUGUAUGUUCUCUCAAGGCACUCAGUUCAUUGACAAAAACUUCCCUGGUGCCUUGUCUCGGUUCACAAUCGAUUUCCUAAUACUCUAUGCUUUUCUACCCGUACUUGCCAUUAUGGCACUUCUAAGCUUCAAAAUAAGAGAAAGAAUUAUUGACAGGCAAUAAAGAGGUAGGAGUUCCAACAAUGUCUAAGGCUACACUUGUAACUUUAUUAUGGCCAAAGGCUUAAAUUAUUGGAUUUUAGAUAGUAUUUAAGCGAUUACACAUUCACCUCAUGUUUGUUUCCAUCUUGAAAAACAAUGUUCUCUUAAGAGUGUGACUGGCUUCCAGAUAUUGGUAUUCCCACUCCUGUCCCAGAUCAGCCAUAAUCAACAGUAUUUCAUGUUUUAAAGGACUUUUUGAAUUUAAUUUUGUUAGCUGUUGCUGGCAAUUUCUAACAAUGUAGCAAUGGUGCUUUAAUUUUUUCCUCAUUAUUUUGGGUUUUAACUAGGGUACAACUGCUAGUAAAUCUCAUUUCUAGGUUAUAUUUUAAGUCCCAUGCUUUGUUUUGAUACCAUUUUAGGGAUUUGUAGAAACGAAACAAACCAAAUACGUGUAAAGACAGAAUGAAGAAGUCACUCCACUUUAAUCUUACACACACUAUACAACCAAUGAGUGCAGAUCUUGAAGCAGUAUCAAAGUUACCCAACAUGUUUUUGCCUUGUGAAUGAUGGUAAAUCAGUGAAGACAGUUAUUUAUAUCUAUUCCUUCUUUCAAGUUCUAAAUCUUGUUUUGAAAGCAGUUUGUGAAUUACUAGAAAACAAAUUUGUUUAAUAAUGUUUUGGUUUUGUUUAAUAAAAUAUCAAUUAACUAUGGAAAAACCAUAAAA